CUGCCAUUUAAGGAAAAGUGUGGAAUGAAAAAAAAAUAAAACUAUGAAGUCUAUUCUUUUGUGUCUUAUUGUGGCUGUUUGUGUCUUACAAACAAUGUCUGAAGGCAAUCAGGUCAAUAAUUUAAACCUUGAAGCAGACAAACAAAUCGUCGUCAUACACAAUCAUGGAAAUCUUACUGUAAACAGAAAAGACAAAACUUCGCCGACAAUUUCUACAGACAAACAGGCAAUGCAGGAAAUAAAUACAAUUACAAAUAAAUGCAUUACUGCAGUGAAGAAUAAUAUUAAUGAUAAAAUAAAGUAUGGACAUGAUUGUCAGUACUGUUAUGAUUGUCCGGACUGUUACAGAGUUGCAGAGAAAAAAAUUCACGAAAAAAGAUAUGCCGCACUCGCCACUGUUGUGUCAUGUGCAAAAAACAGUAGUAAACAGAAUGUGCAUACAUGUUAUUCUUCUGCAACAGUUACAUUCAAUAAUCAGGCAAAUGGAUUCGUAAAAUACGCCAAAGAGUGUAUUAUAACUAGAUGUUUGAAUUCUAAAUUUGUAUAAAAUUUUUUUAAUAAUAAAAAUAAAAAUACUCUUUUUUACUUU